UAUGGCACCAAAAUGCGUUGUUUGCUAUGUUUGCGGUAGAGAAUAUGGUACAAGAUCGAUUGGAAUUCACGAAAGCCAAUGUCUUACUAAGUGGAAGAUUGAAAAUAGAAAGCUUCCUCCUAACCAACGUAGACGACCACCUGUCAAACCACAAGUUCUUCCAUCCAUAUCAGGCAGGACUCAACACGAUAUUGAUAGAUGGAAUGAAAUUGCCGCUCAAAGUGCUGCAGCCCAUAUGGCGUGUUGCGAAAAUUGCGGUAGAACAUUUAAUCCGGAUCGUUUAAGUAUUCACCUAAAGAGUUGCAAACCUGGUAAUGCCUCUAAACCAGUAAGAGGAAAAGAGGGUUUACUUAAUUCAAGAUCCCGUCGAAAUGUGCAUCCUGGAUACGAAGACGAGUACGAAUAUCAUAGUUCUGCUGAUAUAACAGAAUACGUGGAAUUCGAUGACGACUAUAAUUCAAGUUCUAGUGAGCGAACUUUAACGAAUAAUUAUAAAAAUCAUAAAAUAUUACAAAAAAUAGAUGUUAACGAGUAUCCCGGACCCCAUAAGUCGCCUAGAAGAAACAACGGUAAUAAUCAACAAGGCUAUAGAACUGAUCGAAAAGGUGAUACCAGAAGACCAGCAGAUUAUAAACCUCAGUCUGACGGUUUUAAAUUUGCUAAUAAACCUGGCCAUAGACCUGGAGGAGGACAGUUUGUACAUUGUUACAUUUGUAAUCAAAAGUUUACUACUGCGUCUAUUAAAUUUCACGAACCUUCUUGUUUAAAGAAGUGGCAUAUUACGCAGGAACAACUUCCGCCCCAUCUCCGCCAAAGACCGCCAAUCAAACCUAAAGAGUUUGAUAUGAUGUUUGGGGACGAUGGAGAACGGGGUGGCGGCGGUCGUGGAGGAGGGGGAGGCGGUCAUGGGUUCAUGGAAAAUAAUUUUGGAGGCGGCGAAAGUACUAGGUUACCGGGGAAGGGCAAAUAUAAUAUUAACGCGUAUAAUGCAGCUAUGCAAAAAGCUGCCGAAACAAACAUGGCUCAAUGCCCUCAUUGCAAGAGAACAUUCAAUCCCGAUCGAAUUCAAAGACACGAGGCUGUCUGCAGGAAAACGAAGAGAGGCCGCACAGAAAGAUCAAAACAGCUAAACAAGAAAGGACCAUCAGCAAGUGGUCUUAUGCCUUCGGCAUCAAAAAAAUCUAGAAAAUACGAUGUUGAAAAAGAUAGAAGAAGAAGAUAUCAUAGUGUUUUAGAUACCCCGCAAGGUAGACGACAUGGUUUCGUAAUUUGUCCUGGAUGCGGAAGACAAUAUACUCACGCUUCAAUACAAAUACAUUUACCCAGAUGCGGCGCUGGAGCUGGCAGGAGAAUGGGAGGAAAAGGCAAUGUUAGAUCCACUAAUUACGAAAGAGAAUCCGGACCCUCGGUCUCCUUUUCGAAUCAAUGUCAAGGUUGCGGAAGAACAUUUGCGGGUGAUCGAUUAGAAGUUCACCAGCGAGUUUGUCUGAAUAAUCCCAGCUUAUUCCAGUCAAGAAGUCCUCGAAGAAAUCCUCCCAUGAAUACUAACAGACCCCAACCAAGCCCAAGAAGAAGUUUGAAUAAAAAUCAAAUAGCAGCUUGUCCUAAUUGCGGUCGCCAAUUUAAAGCAGAACGUUUGCCAGUUCAUAUGAGAGCUUGCAGAAAAUAG